AUGAUGGAAUUGAACACCAAUAAGUGUGAAGUCAUCACAGUCACCAGGAAGCGAAACAGGAUUGUACACCAGUAUAAACUCAAAGAUGCUAUCCUUACUCCUGUAGAAGCAACAAAGUAUCUUGGUGUCACUAUCACAUCAGACCUGAAGUGGAACAGUCACAUCAGCAAUGUUUGUCAAAAGGCUAACAACACCCUUGCCUUCCUACGAAGAAACCUGCGAGUAAACUCUCCCAAGUUGAAAGCUACAGCAUACCAAUCACUCGUCAGACCUUUGGUGGAAUAUGCAUCUACUGUCUGGGAUCCAUCAACCUCCAAGAACAUCUACAAGCUUGAAAUGAUCCAACGCAGAGCAGCUAGAUUCACGCUGAAUCGAUAUCACAACACAUCAAGUGUGUCAUCGAUGCUGCAGGAGCUAGGAUGGACAUCCCUUCAACAACGACAGGAAAUCUCUCGCCUUGUGAUGUUCUACAAGAUCCACAACGAGCUUGUCCCAUUCAACUCUGAUGCAUACAUCACCAAAUGUACCAGAUCAACAAGAGCUGUUCACACUCAAGGAUAUCUGAUGCCUCAAUCAAGGACUCAACAACAUCAAUGCUCUUUCUUCCCCAGAACCAUCAAGAUGUGGAACACUCUCCCAGUAAAUGUUGUGACAGCACCAUCAACCGAAGCCUUUCGUCUGCAACUGACGAAAGGCAACAACAGCUAGAUCAAUACCUGUUUUUACUUGCACCAUGUAUAUAUUUGGCACAUGCACUUUAUCCUUGUGACACACACCUCACCAAGUUCUGCAAGAAUCUUCAGGAUUGAAGGAAGCAGACUACACAGAAGAAGAAGAAGAAGAAGAG